AAAACCACAAAAAAAAUAAACAAAAAUACAAAUUUGCGGUUUCACAUAUAUUUCUCUCCUCCUCUCCUCUCAGCAGGUGUUAGAUUCGUGAUUUCGUGCACUUCCCGAGUCUCUCUCUCUCUCUCUCUGAGGCUCUCUGCCAUGGCGUCCGAUGCGUUCUCAGACAAGAACGCUUUGUUCAGAAAACUGAAAGCAAAGUCAGAAAACAAGAUUUGUUUCGAUUGCAAUGCAAAGAACCCUACUUGGGCGUCGGUGACUUACGGGAUCUUCCUCUGCAUAGACUGCUCGGCCGUGCAUCGCAGCCUCGGCGUUCACAUCAGCUUCGUGAGGUCUACAAACUUAGACUCGUGGACUCCUGAACAACUGAAAAUGAUGAGCUUUGGGGGAAACAACCGCGCACAGGUUUUCUUUAAGCAGCAUGGAUGGACUGAUGGAGGUAAAAUUGAGGCCAAGUAUACAUCACGAGCUGCCGAUUUAUAUAGGCAGUUACUUUCAAAAGAAGUUGCUAAAAGCAUGGCAGAAGAGGUUGGUUUGCCAUCAUCACCCGUUUCUUCUCAGUCAGCACAAGCAGCUUACGUACUUCCUGAUGUCGUGACAAAUGAAGCUCCAAAAGAAAACUCUUUAGGAAGGCAAGAAGUACCUGAUACCUCUGCUGCACCUAAAGCUCCUCGUGCAGUUGCAACCACUGCUGUCAAGAAGCCUUUUGGUGCAAAGAAAACUGGGAAGACUGGUGGGGGGCUUGGUGCUAGAAAGCUUACUGCCAAGCCAAGUGAAAAUCUCUAUGAUCAGAAGCCUGAGGAACCAGUUAUUCCUGUCUCCUCCACAAAUAGCAUUCCGACAGCUGGCUCAUCAUUUGCAUCACGCUUUGAAUAUGUAGAGAAUGUCCAAUCAGCAGAGAAUAGCUCUAGUGGCCCACAAAUGAUUAGCCACAUAGCUCCACCAAAGUCAACCAGCUUUUUUGCAGACUUCGGAAUGGACAGCGGGUUUCCAAAGAAAGCUGGCUCAAAUUCCUCAAAGAUCGAGGAAACGGAUGAAGCAAGGAAGAAGUUCUCAAAUGCAAAAUCUAUUUCAUCAGCCCAAUUCUUUGGGGAUCAGAACAAAGCUACUGAUGUAGAAGCUCAAGCAUCUCUGCAGAAGUUCUCAGGUUCAACCGCCAUCUCCAGUGCUGAUCUUUUUGGAAACGGCGGAGAUCAGUCAUCUGUCGAUCUUACUAACGACAUCUUCAACCGACUCUCUUUCCAGGCGCAACAGGACAUUUCCAACCUUAAAAGCAUUGCGGGAGAGACUGGAAAGAAACUCAGUUCAUUGGCAUCCACUUUAAUGACAGAUCUUCAGGACAGAAUUCUAUGAUAUAAAUAUUUUCCUGUCGGAAACCAGCCAAAUAUGUAGUGAAUAUAAACUGCUUUCAUUAUAAAUUCUUUGAGGAGACAAAAUAAGAUUUUAAAACUUUCCAUGCCUGUAACAGGCCGGUGUUCUUAUUUUGUUUGCACCCCUAUUUCAAGAUUGAUUAUAUGUGUUCUAGUUAUUUUUGUUUUCUAAUCUUUAUAUAAAUAUGUAGAACCUCAGUGAACUUUCCUGCUAUGAAUCAAGCAAAUUUAUAAGAUCUUUUUGGCUGUGAGAA